AUGGCACCGACGAGCAAGCUCCGAGCGUGGUGGCAGCGGACGCUGGCCUCGGUCGGCCCGCGCAAGCAGCCGCCGACCAAGCGAGCGCUGAGCAAGGCACGCUACAUCUGCACGUGCGUCGCGCUCAACGCGCUGGCCCAUCGGCGUGGCGCGGCCCCGAUCCGAUACGACGCACCGACAACCCCCAUCACGCUGCCGCGCGAGUUUACGGCCGAAGCCAAGGACGUCUCGGUCGUCGGUGGCAAGCGCGUGCCGUUUUGCCCGAUCCAGACCGCGCGCAUGAAGCGGCGACGCGCCAUGACCACGUUUGCCGCGAUCGACGAGGACGCGACGACGUCAUGCGGUCAACUCGUGUGCCCGGGCUGCGCUGCGCGCGCGCGCCUGAGCGCAUCCGUCACGCACUGCGCCGAGCCCGACGACGACGACUCGGACGAAGAGUACUAACUUAUUGGCAUCCAUCGCGACACUUCAUUAUUGCUACAAUGCACCACGUAUUUAUCUU